AUGGAAGCUACAGACAUUUCUUCUGCUGGAGUUAUGAUCUUCGAAGCUAUCCUUGAAGAUGAAGUUUUCCGAUUUGAUUGCUCCAUUGACGAUAGAGCCGCAGCGUUUCCAAGUUUGUCAUUCACUGAUCCUAAAACAAGGGAAGCACCAGUUAAGAGUUCCAGGGUGCCACAGUUUAUACCAACUUUCGAGAGUAAAUUUGGAAAGCAAAUUGUUAACAUUCAAGUAUGUUUUUAGCGGUAAUUGGAUUCUGAUUAGUUGUUCUUUCCAGUGUAUAUAUCUUUGAAACAUGACAUACUUUCUUUGUUUCUGGGUGACGAAUUUCCUGUAUAGCUUCCUAGUGGUUCCAGUUUUUAUGGAACAGGCGAAGUUAGUGGACCAUUAGAGCGGACAGGAAGACGUGUAAGUUACUUUCCCUCCCCAAACGCUAUUGAAAUAUUGCUACAACAGAGGCACCUACUGACACCAUAUACAUCAGAUAUUCACAUGGAACACAGAUGCAUGGGGCUAUGGCUCUGGAACUACAUCUUUAUACCAAUCACAUCCUUGGGUUAUGGCUCUUCUACCUGAUGGGAAAGCGUUGGGGGUUCUUGCUGAUACAACUAGGCGUUGUGAGGUUGAAUCUUUUCCUAUUUCGCUUCAUGCAUAUAUCGACCUCAAAUGUUUCUUUGUCUUUAUCGGGAUUGAUAUCUUCAACAGGUAGACUUGAGGGAAGAGAGCACAAUAAAGUUCACAGCUUCAUCUGCAUACCCAGUCAUUACGUUUGGUCCAUUUGAGACACCAACUGAAGUCCUUAUGUGUCUCUCUCGAGCUAUUGGUUAGAUUUUCUUUAUAUUUUUACUCUAUUUAACUGAAGUCCUGUUUCUGUUAGAAUCGGGCACCACUCAAAGCUGUACUGUAACUCAAUGAGAGAUGGUGUCCUCUGAUAUCUGCAAAAUUUAAAUAACAUUGAACUAGUUGCCGAAAAUUUGCUUCAUGCAGGACAAUAUUUCACAGAGGAUAUUCUCCAGAUUAUAUGAAACAUUUAGCCCAUUUCUGAAUACGUGAAUCUAGUCUGACUAAGUUUAUCUUCCCAUCCUUUUAAGGUCUUUCUGAUAUGCAUUUCCCAUAGACAUCGAGUCAUUUAAUAUAUGCUUUUAAUUAUUUAUUUAUCCCGUAAUUUUAUUUUUAAAUGUAUAAAUUUCAACAGUGGGUCAACUUUCAGAAGAACAUUAAUUUUUACUAAUACACACUGACAGUGAUAAUCAAGUACCUACUGAAAGUGAUACCUUUUUGAAUGUUAUAUCUAGGAACUGUUUUUAUGCCCCCUAAAUGGUCUUUGGGCUACCAUCAGUGCCGCUGGAGCUAUGAUUCUGAUGAGAAAGUCAUGAAGGUAGCCGAGUUAAUUUCUCCUUGAAAAAUUUCUCGAUAGUUAUGCUUUUCCUAAUCACAUAGCUUAUAUUAACGAUCAUUCAGUUGUACGCUUUAAUCAUGUUAUCCUAGGCUUGGAAAAUGACUUAUGGGGUCAUAUAAUCCCCUUUUUCUUUUUCAACGAAUGAAGUUGAUGCUGUCAUCAUUCAGAUCAAGAAGUCCACGGGAUCUAGUAAAAAAAAUUCCAAUCAUGGCCUUCUUGUUGCAGAUUGCUCAAACAUUUCGUGACAAAGGUAUACCUUGUGAUGUUAUAUGGAUGGACAUUGACUACAUGGACGGUUUCAGAUGUUUCACUUUCGAUAAGGUACACUUUUCUUUGCUUGAUUUAUUUCCUGAAGCACAGAAACAGCUUCAUCAACCAUUGGCCGUUUCUAAUUACUAUAUUGGAAUGUUCAUAUAUUUUAUCCAGAAAAGAUACCGAGAAGACAUAUUGUUCCAUUACUGUACUAGGCAGUGUUUGUACUUGUUUAAUUUUAACCUCUCUUGUAUGUAUUGUUCCAUUUAAUGUCACCUUAGAUUGUUUGCUGAAUAAAAUUUCCUAAAUGUUGGCAUGGACUAUACUAGUUGAUCUUGCCUUGCACGUUUGCAUUUUGAUAGCAAUUUUCCUUUUUGCGUGGUAAGAUUUCAUUGAAGCACAACCAUAGGUUUGUUGAGGGACACAAUGUGAUUGUUAUGGUGACAACGCUGUCAUCAGGGAAUAAAUGAUAUCACCUUCUGGUAGGUUUUGUUCACUUCUUGUCUCUGUAUACAUGCUACAUACUACUUAACAUGAAAUUUCCUAGGCUGAUAUGUAUCACCGUUGUCGUCCUCUUUUAUAAAUGGCAACAGUAUGAGCAAAAGAAUGCAAACAGCUUGUUUGCAAUCUUGUGCUACCCAUUGGAUAACAGUUCAAAUAGCUUGUUUGUUUUGUGUGUAGGGGUGUUGGAGACGAAAAUGGUUCAAUUACUCUGCCUACCUUGGGAUAUAACUUGGCAAGACGAGAGAGGACCAAGAGAUAACCAGACAACAGGAAGGAGUUUGAAUGAUUUUCCCCCAGGGAAUUUCAGGGCUACUUUAUAUAAGUCACUACAAUAUGCUAAAGAGGAAAAGUGAAACUGUACAAAAGGAGGCACUACAGAAUAUAGUUUGAUCUUAAUUUUUGGACACAAAUAUAUUUAAAGUCUAAAACAAUAUUUCACAGUACAAGGAAACAAAUAGUUGCUCACUAUUGGGCAUACUAAAUUUUCGUUUUAUCCCAUAUUUCAUGGUUUACGCCUGUUAUACCUGGCCUAAUGUAGUUUUAACUAUUUUUCGUCGUUGAGACAGAAUCAUUUCUAUAGACGGAUGAGGAAUGAUUAAUUUUUCUCGUUAUUCCACAUGCGUUUUUCCCCUUGUCAUCAGCUUGGUGAUUAUCUUUUAAUAACUUACUGGAUCUUAAUUCACGAUGAACAUGCCAUCUCUGUGAGAAAAUUAUGAAAUGUAUUUUUCUGUUUUCUUGCCAAAAUUAAUUCUUACAUUUAUGCCAUCUCUUUGAUGAUUUCUCAGGAGCGUUUCCCUGACCCAAAAUCCCUGUUCAGAGACCUUCAUGCCCGCGGGUUCAAUGCCAUAUGGAUGCUGGAUCCUGGAAUUAAACGCGAACCAGGCUAUUUUGUUUAUGACAGUGGCUGUGAAAAAGAUGCUUGGAUUUUAAAAGAAGAUCAGGAGCCCUUUGUUGGUAAGCACACUAAGCAUUCGGGUGUUGUGACAUUACAUCUUUAAAAGUGCUAAACAAUUUUUGUGUCAUCGUUAGGGGAUGUAUGGCCUGGACCUUGUGUUUUUCCUGACUACACCCGAGAAGAAACCCGCCAAUGGUGGGCAAAGCUAGUGAGGGAUUUCAUCUCCAAUGGUGUGGAUGGCAUAUGGAAUGAUAUGAAUGAACCUGCAGUUUUCAAAGUAAGUUUUAGGUCAACUAUAUAUGCCUUCUAAUUUCUGGGAUCACUGUUUGAUCAGAAUCAUUAAUUUUCAGGUUGUAACAAAGACGAUGCCUGAAAGCAACAUUCACAGAGGAGACGCUGAACUUGGUGGCAACCAGAAUCAUUCCCACUACCAUAAUGUAAGGCCUUAUGCUAUUGUAUUUCACUUUCAUGAGUUAUGUACAUGUUUUGCAAUGUAUGGAUAUUUUCAAUAAACUACUGCUUUGAGGUGUGAAACGGAUACUUGUAGUUUUUUUUAUAGAUAUUUUUAAAAAGAUUGUCAUUAGAAUAUAACUCAUAGAAUUUACUCUCCAAAUCCCUGUUCUAAAUUCAGUUUCAUGUUAGGUUUAUGGCAUGCUGAUGGCUAGGUCAACUUACGAAGGAAUGAGAAUGUCCUCUGCACAAAAACGACCAUUUGUUCUUACCAGAGCUGGAUUUAUAGGUAGCCAAAGGUAUGCUGCUACGUGGACAGGCGAUAACCUAGCAAAUUGGGAGCAUUUACAUAUGAGUAUACCGAUGAUGCUUCAGCUGGUACGCUCCUUUUUUAAUUUGCAUUUAGAUGUGCUAAGUGUUUCAUCCACUGUACCAUGGGGAGACUGAUUUUCUGCAUCAUCUUGACGUCAGUAAUCUUCAACUGUGAUUUGAAAGCCCGUUAUGGUGCACGUUAUAUGUUACUGUUAGAUGAAAUACACUUGCUGAGAGUGUGGAAAAAUUCCCACCUAGAAAUUUAUUCAAUGGCAUUAUUAAUGCUGUUGUGACAUGAGGCAAGAAGUUAUAUUGUCGUUGAUGAUUAUUAAGGUACAUUAUUUCAUCAAUGAGUUUGACUUGGGAGACCAUGCAAUUUGCUAAAAUCUUUGUCUUAAUUUAUUGUUUGCAUUCAUUGGGGCCAGUGAUUUGUUUUACUGACACGCGUACGCGUGUAGGUCAUGAGACAUAGCCAAUGCCUUUUUCUUAACUUUUGGAAUGUAUUCACUGUUCGUGGUGAUAGAUGCUAGUAAGUCAUUAUUUUCCAAAUCCACCAAUGAGUUUACUUAUCGUUUGACGUUUCAUUUUCUUGGUCAGAGUCUUAGUGGUCAACCAUUAUCUGGGCCAGAUAUUGGAGGUUAUGCUGGGAAUGCUUCACCUAAACUAUUUGGGAGGUGGAUGGGAGUCGGUGCAAUGUUCCCUUUCUCUCGUGGCCAUUCUGAAACUGAUACAAUUGACCACGAACCGUGGUCCUUUGGUGAAGAGGUUCGUCCUUUCCUAUGAUCUUUAUAUUGUUUCAUUUUGAUAGGUAUAUGUGGUUACAAUUUUUGUUUCUUUUGAAAUAUUGAUAGAGAGAAUCUUAUUAUUAACAAGCUGUCCCUGUAUCCGGAAGUGGAAGAACAGGAAAUAAGAUAAAACGAGCCAAAUUCCAUGGUGUAAAAGAAGUGGAGUUGCUUCCCAUGGUCAUCAUUAGAAAAAUUUUACCACACCGAUAGGGGAUUUUGGCUGUGAUAAGUUCGAUAGUCGUCAGUUGAUAGGUGGGAGAAACAACCAAUCCAAGGUAAGUUUUUGAUGAAAAUCCCAUUUCACUCUAUGUGUCAGUGGAAAAUACAGCCAUUCAAACUCAUUUUGAACUCUAUUUUAGCUUAUAAUUUAUUGUGUGCCACAAGAUCUGCAACGAAAGGGAUUUCACCCUAAGGCUGGACAAUUUUCACUUAAGAAAUAAGGCUAAGGUUUGCCAUCAGAAAACAGAUGUCAUCAUCCUUCUAAAGAUGGAUAUUCCUUUAGUUUAUAACUAUUCCUUCACCUUUUUGGUUUUAUGUUCAUAAAGUUUCGCCGUCGUUCUUGGAAAGGCACUAUUCUUACGACGUAAAUUUUUCGUGAUCAAUUUUAACGUCGGUUUAUCCUUAAUAGUGUGAAGAGGUGUGCCGGCUCGCACUGCUAAGACGCUACAGGCUCAUUCCACAUAUCUAUACUCUAUUCUAUAUGGCUCACACAAAGGGUACCCCUGUAGCUGCGCCGACAUUUUUCGCUGGUAUGAGAUGUGACAUUUUCUGAACUCAACUCUUGGAAAGGUUACUCUCAUAACAUGAUGCUUGAUUUAUUGAACAUGCAGAUCCAAAAGAUCCACGUCUAAGAUCUGUGGAAAACUCUUUCCUUAUGGGUCCUCUUUUAAUAUGCGCGAGGUACUGUAUAAAUUAGUCUUUAAAUUAUAUACGUUCUGAGAACGAUAACCAUGUCCAGAUAUAUCACCAAAUAUUUUGCAUAAUUAACCUUAUUAAUAUGUUAUGUAUUGGAAUCGAUCCUCUUUAUUUGCACCAAGAAACAAAAGUAGCAUUGAAGUCUUACUGCCCCCUUUCUUUCAGCACUGUACCUGACAAAGGAUCUGAUGAAUUGCAAUUCGUCCUACCCAAAGGCAUUUGGUUGCGUUUUGAUUUUGGCGAUGCACAUCCUGUAAUAACUCUUACAAGCUUAUUGUCAUUCUUGCUUUCGUAGAAGUUUAUGCUCUAAGUUAUGUGUUCUGGUUAACAUUUCUUGCAUCCAGGAUCUACCAAAUCUUUACUUACAAGGGGGGUCGAUAAUUCCCAUGGGCCCCGCUGUUCAGCAUGUGGGCGAAACAAAUCCAACUGACGAACUGUUUCUAAUGAUUGCUUUAGAUGAAAAUGGUAAAUUUCUAUUCAAUCGUUUAACUUUCAGGCUGUUAAUUUGGUUUUUUGCCCUCUCCAUCUGUAAUUAUUAGGCAAUUUUCGUGAAUGGGAAGGCAUCCAGCGUUGAUAAAAAUUUCUUUUCUUGUACUUUCACGUAUAUUUUAUAUUUCUUAUGUUUUCAUGUUCCGUAGGUAAAGUUAAUUUAGAUUCAAUUUUCUCAGAUUUUUAUUGUUGUGUCUACUCCCAUGUCCCUUUUGACUGUUUCUAACGAAUGCAUUGGGCUUUAAUUUUGGCUGUAGCCACAAUAUCUUGCGAAGAAGAAAUUUAUGUUGGACUUCAUUUUAAAUUGUCUCAAUAACAAAGUGGAAUUCUCAAAGUCAGUGCUUUUGAGUGGCUGAUAAUCCAGCAUGCCAGUUCUUACACCAAACACGAGUUAGAGUAAGCACUAAUUAGUAUCAACCUCUUUAUUAGAUUAAGCACUAGUGUCACUUUAUUAGAAAAACCUCCGGAAUAUAAUCUUACUCAAGAUCCUUAAUUGUCUCAGGGGCAUCUCAUUAGUAUCAACCUCUUUUUUUUAAUAAUAAUCAGAAACUAUUAGGAAAUAGAAGUGCUUAUGGUCUUGACUUUAAGGCGCUUCUUUAAGUAAUUCGCCGUGUGUGUUAUAGUCAUGUUUCAUCUUUUCAAUGAACCUUUUGCUUCAUGCAUGUUGCAAUAUUUAAGCAAAUUAUUGGUUGAAUUUAAUUCAAAUAAAGUAUGAAACUUAUUAUUCGAGUUUUUUCCAAUGUUUUCUCACUGAUGUUGCACGUCUAUUUUUUUUUCUCCCCUUUUUUCUCUAUAGAAGCUCGUUUGACAAAAAUAAACCUCUAUUUUCUCUGGAACAUCAGGCCUGCGAUAAUCGUAUUAAUAUCUCUCUGAAAAUCAAAAUCUCUCAUGCAGCAUUGUUCUUUUCUUUGCCUUUCGUUUUAUGUACAUGGAGAACGCGCAAUCCUUCUUUCUGUUCUUUGUUUCUUGGUGCAUGAAGAACUCGAUUAUUCAGGGUGCGGUCUCGUCACAUGUUGUUUCAUUUUUUUCCUUUAUUGUUCAGGAAAAUAUAACGUUCUUCAUUUCUUUCACAGGGAGAGCCGAAGGAGUUCUCUUCGAGGAUGAUGGCGACGGGUAUGACUUCAUCCGAGGGGGAUACCUUCUGACGUACUAUGUUGCCGAGCUUCACUCUUCAUCCGUCACAGUCAAAGUUUCUAGGGCUGAAGGGUCACUCGAGAGGCCGAAACGGGCCCUUCACGUGCAGUUAUUGCUGGGUGGGGGCGCCAUGGUACGUCUUUAGGAUUGCAGAUUCAAGCUUUAUGAAGUGGAUCCAAAACAUCCGGACACCUAGCUCUUCAUUUUUUUUAUUUUAUUUUAUUUUAUUUUAUUUCUAAAGCGCUUUAAUAAUUUUUUUUGUUGGUCCCCGGAGAUUCAUGCACGGGGAAAUGAUGGAGAGGAAAUUAAGUUUCCCAUGCCUUCCAAAGCUGAGGUUUCAGAAUUAGUCGCAGAGGGUGAAGAACAGUAUAGAACACUUAUCGGUAAUCCUCUUUUUCUCAGUACUUUAGAGUUAAAACCAAGCCUCCUCGAUUCCAUUUUCCUUCUUUGGAAUUUUCACAAACUGCAUUUGUUUACAAGUUGUCUCAAAAAAAAAUUUAUGCAAUGUAUUCUAUUUGUUACACUUUUUUUUUUCUGGAAAUAUUUCUUGCCACAUUAGUUUUUUCACUGGCUAAGAGAUUUUAUGAACCAUCUUCAUAAUACUGCUCGCGAUUAACAAUGGCGGGGUUUAGUUCAUCAUGCUGCCUUUUCUCGUCCUUGGGCAAGAACUGAAUAGGUUCUGAACUUUGAUGCUCUGUAUGAUUCUCAUGGUCAUGAAUGCAUGACCAUGAUAAUCCAGUUUCCUGGAGAGAGAUUCUUCAGAUUUAAGAACAGAAAAGGGUAAGUCAACUCAUUUAUACAUUCGCAGAUAUGCCAGCAAGGUUCAAAGUUGGCUCACUCUGACCACCCAUACCUGAAUGGGAAACAAUCUAGGAAUCCCACGCUGUUGGGCUUCCCUGAUGGGCAAUGAUUUCUUUUGGAAAUUCAGAUCCACAAUUAGCUAUUCUCUGUACCCUGUGGCACAUCCUAACUUAUGUGGCUCGAUGGGAUUUUAAUUUUCUGAGACAUGAAAUACCCCAGAUUUCUUGAUUUUUCUGGAAAUAUUUCUUGCCACAUUAGUUUUUUCACUGGCUAAGAGAUUUUAUGAACCAUCUUCAUAAUACUGCUCGCGAUUAACAAUGGCGGGGUUUAGUUCAUCACGUUGAUUCACCCAACUUCCCCUCCUCCCAACAGGCAGGAACUGAGGUGAGUAGAGGACCUCGUUGAGGAGUUAGAACAUGAAAAAUCGUUACUAAUUAUUGUAACAUACAGUUCUUCAAGUUUCUAUAGAGGUUCUGUGUCAUUGGAGUUGAAUCUGAUCGAACAGAGUAUUUUGGGUCAGGAGCUUCAGAGAUUUGAAGGUUUUCAUGACAUUAACCCGUUCAAGUAUGUCUAUUGGGAUGUUGCCCCAAAAACCUACGAGGAAAUAUUAUUAUGGUAGAAUAUGAUUCGAUGAAGUAUUUUUCUCUCAGGUGUUCUAAUCUGUGAUUUAGGGCAGGUCAACGUAUUACCAUUUUUGGCAUUAUUUUCUCUUGGCUCAAGAGUUGACUCAGUGCAUAGUGUGUGGGUCCAUAGGCUCCUGAAUUUCUGAUAUAUGAGAUAUUUUGGAAGUUUUCUUGCUUUUUUUAGAAAAAAAGAUAUAUUUUUAUUUCUUCUCACAAUCUAAUGCUUGCUGCUGAGAUGGCGAUCACAGAGAAGGCCAGACGCAUUCAAGACAUAGAUCGUUCCUCUGGAAAGAAGGGCGCGGAACUCGCCAGGAUCCCGAUUGAGAUGAGGCGUGGAAAAUGGGUCCUUCAAGCUGUGCCCUGGGUGGGCGGCAGACUGAUCUCCAUGACGCAUACCCCUUCAGGUAAUUUCUAAGUUUCCUCAAAAAAAGAACAAAAAAAACUGUGCCGAGUCAAAAUUCUCCUACAAAAGUCAACAUGCAUUCCGAGAUAAGAAGCCCAUCUGUAGGUCAACCUUCUGAUGUUCCCAUUGACUAAUCCUUAUGAGGUCGUAGAGCAUUAAUGCAUCAGAAUGUUUGACUUCGGGGCUUGUUCUGCCAUCCAAAGAGCAGAAAACAGAAAAGGCCUCGGUCAACUCCCAUUUCUCAAAAUCUUUCCUAAAUUAGAAGAAGGUUCGGCUUCUCUCCUCCAACCUGAUUCCAAAGGGGUCUUCAGGGUAUCAAUGGCUUCACAGCAGAGUGGAGAUCGGAGGGUAUGAGGAACACAGCGGGCUUGAACUCCGGUCUCCCGGAUGUUCGGAAGAAUAUACGAUCAUCGGGUAAGCCGUCGGCCUCAUUUUUCUAGUCAACUCUUGCUCUGUUAAUUCUUUUCUGUCAAGUAGGGGGCUUCCGGAGGAGUCGGAUGGGGAUUCGCUGACCAUGGAGGGGGACAUCGGCGGCGGACUGGUCAUUGAACGGCGGGUAUCGGUCCCCGGAGGAGAGCCUGAGAUCCUCCAGAUCGACUCUUCCAUCGUUGCCCGCAGCGUCGGCGCCGGCUCCGGCGGCUUCUCAAGGUCUCUGAUCAGUAUCCCAACCAUGAAACUAGAGCUCCAUCUUGCUUAUUCUUUGGUCUAUCCUUCUCUCUCUCUCUCUCUCUCUCUCUCUCUCUCUCGCUCCUCACUCAAGCUGCUCCACUGUCGUCCUUCCCAUCCACGCAGUUCAGGUUGCUCCAACUCAUUUCUGGGUUUCAUCAUCAUCAUCAUCAUCAUCAUCUUCUUCUUCUUCUUCUCUGUGUCUCUGUCUCUGUCUGUCUGUCUGUCUCUCUCUCUCUCUCUCUCUCUCUCUCUCUCUCUCUCUCUCUCUGUGUUUCUGUGGGUAAUCGUUUUUUUAUUGCAGGCUGGUGUGCCUGCGGGUGAACCCGUCGUUCGCUCUCCUCCACCCCGCCGAGGUCUACAUCUCCUUCACUUCUCUCGACGGCGAGAAGCGCGAGGUUUGGCCCGAGUCCGGAGAGAAGUUUCUGGAAGGCAACCUCCGCCCCAACGGUAAUCACUCCUCUCUCCCCUAUUCCCCCCUCAUCGUCCUUCCAUGCACGACCACCUUUUCUCUCUCAGUUGACCCACCCCCCCCUCUCUCUACAUUUUCUCUCUCUGGGCAGGGGAGUGGAGGCUGGUGGACCCAUGCUCGGGGGUGGAGCUGGUCAACCGCUUCGAUGUCAGCCAGGUGGAGAGGUGCAGGAUACACUGGGGGACCGGCACGGUCAACAUGGAGCUGUGGUCAGAGGAGCGACCCGUCUCCAAGGUCACCCCUCUCGGGAUCUCCCACGAGUACGAGGUCAAGUCAGUGACUUAG